AUGCCGCCAGCCACGACGUUGAGUGGUCGACGACACCCCCUGACUAAGCGUAGCCAUUUGGGCACAGCCAGUUGGGCGCAUUCAUCGCCCGACUUCACGCAGAGCGGCAUCGAAAUCGCAGGUUGGUUCCUCUGCGCCCAAUUCAUCGGUCAUGCUGCCCUGCAUUCCUGUCACGAAGCAGCAAAAAGAAAGGAUGAUGCUUGCGAUGGUUCAAGGAUGACAUCAUGGGAUAUGGACCGUGCACACUGUCUGAGCCUCAUGCAGCACCAACUCUCGGUCGGCGCCGCUGUGCUUCGAACUGGUGACUGGUCUCGCCCGUCGGGCAGCAUAGACGGGACCCGCGAACGUAGCGCAGCGUUCGGCAGAACUAUCCGCCCAACCUCGACAUUGGCUUUGGUGCCUGUGUGUUCGGCGCCGUGA